ACACGAAGAUGAGCAACGCCAGUGCAGAAAGGUGCUAGAUCAAAAUGCAACAACACAAAUACAUGGGCAAAUAUGUGUGGAGAAACCCAAUCGAUUAACCGUAGCCUCAACAGGAACAGCAACACUAAUGGAAAUGUCCAACAGUGCAACAAGAACAGCAACGCAAACACCAUCAUUACCACCAGCUGUGCCAUCGCCACCAGUUUGGAGCUGUGACACGCACAGGCGCAGUCAUUAUCAACAACAACAGCAGCAACAACAACAACGCGAAAACAAACUGAAACAAGAACAAACGCAGCUGUCUACGCUGCUGUCGGAGCUCCGACGGGCAACAAACUAUUGGUUCCAGUCGAAAAGCGAUGACGGCUUCCAGCUGCUGGUGCAGACAUGCCAACAGAUCCUACAGCACGGCCUGCGCCAGCCAGCAGGCGUUGGAAUACUGCGUCUGAUUGAAGACUUUGAGUUUCUGCGUCACGCAGAGGAGCAAUCGGUGCCGUUACCAUGUACCUCCACACAGAACGUGGCUGCGAUCAGUGUGUCGGACUUUCUGCGCCAAUGGAUAACGAGCUGUCUGCGCGGACGUUGCCUGUCGCGUUGCAUGCAAUCCUUGGUGGCGGACAGGGAACUGCUCGAUGGGUAUUAUCAGCGAGAUGUCGCCUAUUUGCGUCACAGCGGCUAUGCGGCGGCGCUCUUUGUCUGCCUGACGGCCAUCGAGCUGGACCAGAGUAGCCUACUCAGCCAGCUGGAUCCGCUCAAUAGGCGCGGUCGCCAUCGGCGGACCAGUUCGCAGCCAAAUUUUAGCAUUGCGCACAGAUUGCAUGUCGUUCACGAGGAGGAACAGCAGCAGCAUCCACAGCAGCUGCAACUGCAGCAGCAGCCGCAGGAUGACCAGUUACCACACCUAAAUCACCCUGCAGCAUCGGCGUCUCAUUUACUGCGACGCAUCAAAAGUUUACCCUGCCUCUAUCAGGGGGAGCCGGGCAGCAGUGGGUUAAUGCGACCGCGUUGCCAAACGCUCAGCAGUCGUCCGGUGCCGUUCUGCUCGCGUGGGGAGGUGGCGGCGUUUAGUGGCUCCAGCAUUAGCACCACCAGCAGCUGCAGUCAGACGCCUCCGUCGCCACCACGCCACAUACAGCUGAUCAACUGCGACGACAUAAAGAUCUGGACGGAUCAAACGAGCCCAACAACAACGCCAGCAAAAACACCAGAAACCACAACAACAACACCAACAGCGGCAGCAACAAAUAACUGCAUCAAGCGUGGCAGUCCAUUCCAUAGAGUGCUUGGCAAUCUGUUUAGUUCGCCGCCCGUCUACACGAGCUGGUACCGCCGUCCAAUUGGCCAGCAAGAUGAGGCCAGCAGUGUGCUGGACAACUUUUUGCCGGUCAACGGACGCAAGCUGGACAAGCGGCAGCAUCAGUCGCUAUUCGAGGGCAUCAGCAUGCUGGACGACAGUUACGCUUGUCAGCCAGAGGCGGGCACCAGCAGCAGCACACAGCUAGCAACAGCGCCGCUAGACAUUGUGGCCAGCCAGUGUCAGGGUCAGGGGAGCAGUGCAAAUUGCAGCACAACAACAUCCUGCAGCUUGAGCAGCGAUAGCCAGCACAGUAGUGCAGGCAAUAAGAUCGACAAUCAGAGUUUUGCCGCAUUUCUGCAAAUGUCGCGAUAUACGCACAACAACAACACCGAAUUGGAAAAGGAAAACGCCCAUUUUCGCAUAUCGGAGGCAUGCAUUGCGGCCAUCGAGCACGUGAAGUGGACAAGACGCGGUGAUCAGCACAAUGAUAGUACAGCUAAUGCUGCCAGAGAGGCGGACGCCCUGCUCAUGCCCUAUGUGGAGCAGCAUAAUGCGACCAGCGCUGGCAAUAUCAACAACAACGACAACAACCACAGCAGCAGUGGCAACAACAAUAACAGCAACAGCGCUGAGGCAGUUGGCCUGCAAUUGAUAUCACGCUUUAAGGAUCAACAGCUGCCCAAAUUGGGUGACCUGCGAUGGUUGGUGUCCGAGCAGGAUGCACCACAACAGCUGUUGCCCAUGCCCAAGCCCGAGGCACAAUAUCAGCAGCAACAGUUGCUGGCUAACGAUGAGGCACAGGCGGGCCUGACGCGCGGCACCAAAACCUGGGCACCACCCCGUCAACAGAUCAUCUUCACCGAGCAUCCGGCGGAGAGUCGAUCGCAGUUGCUGCAGCGACAACAUUACCGUUGCGCCGGCUGUGGCAUGCAUGUGACGCGGCAAUAUCAGCAUCACUUUCGCUAUUGCAACUAUUUGGGCAAGUAUCUGUGCACCGGCUGCCAUCGAAAUCAAUUGUCGGCGAUACCGGCAAAAAUUCUGCAGACGUGGGACUUUCACAGCUAUGCGGUUAGCUCGUUCGCAUACCGCCUCAUCGAACAGAUGUACACAUUUCCGCUCUUCCAUGUGCCCGACCUGAAUGCCCAGCUCUAUGUCAAACAGAAGCAACUGGCGCGGGCGCGACGACGUCGCCAACAGUUGCGAUUUGUACGCGAUUUAAUUGUCGCCUGUCGUUUUGCCACCAAGGAGCAAGCGUUCUUCGAUGCGGUGCCGGCCCAUAUUACCAAUGACCCGGAUAUGUGGUCCAUGUGUGAUUUUGUCGAUGUGCAAAACAAGAGCAUGACCCGCUCCAUUGAGCAAUUGAUUGGACUCAGUGAACAGCAUGUCUACAACUGCGUGCUCUGCACGGGUCGCGCCUUUUCUUGUGAGCACUGCAAGAGUCGGCCGCUCAUCUAUCCGUGGCAGCGGAAGGUGCACCGCUGUGCCCAGUGUGGCGCCUGUGCCCACCACAAUUGCUGGAAAUCGAGCUCGGCUGGCGUCUGUUUGCGUUGUCAACGGCUCCAGGAACGUAAGCAGCUGGCCAGUUAGAAGACGACGACGACGAAACGACGAUCAUCGAUCAAUUUCUAUAUUAAUUGUAUAUAUAUGUAUAUGUAUGUAAUCCUGUUAAUCAAGUAACCAAAUUUGUUAUCAAAUGUACCUCAAGCGAAUGACGACCGAUUCAUGUUGAUUUUAUAAAUUAUACAAAUAUAUUUAUUUUACUAUA